CCACGCUGAAAACAGUCCGCCAAAAUUUCCAAAUUGAGAUGAAAGUGUAGAUGCGAUCUGAUUUUUUGGUCAAAAUCAACUAAAUCGCUUGCAGAAUCGACUUGCUGCAAUCACUUAUUUGCUAGAUUGCGUGAUCUUAAUCUUAAUUUUCCCUCCAUAUCCUCAAGGAAGUUAAAACCCUCUUCAUAUAUAUUUGGAGUAAGAAUCGCCCAUCCGUACAACUCAGAAUUGAACCCUAAUUUCCAGAUCAAGCUACCCAGAAUGGAAGGAAAACAAUCUGUAGAAGAUGUGUCAUCAGCAACAGCCGUCUUUCUCGGAGCCUUAGCCCCUGGUGUUAACGGUCCAACCUGGAAUGCAUUAAAAGGAGCAUUCUUCAUGUUGGGUGUUUGUCUUUGUGCUAUGUUGGGCUUAGCUUUCUCUUCUAGCGACUCUGCAAUGGUGCUUCAUGUUACCUUCCUUGUUCUUAUCACCGGCAUCCUAUUCUUUCUUCUCAGCGGCUUUCUUGCGCAGACUGGCUUGGUUACUGUUGAACAUCAAAUGCAGGAGAUAGGCUUAGCACCCAGUCAAGCUGACAAAACAAGUGAAAAGAACAAAUAAAGAAGAAAACUUUUGGCUAAUCAUACCUUCUUAUUUAAGACCUUAAUUGUUCUUAUAGAAAAUUUUGAAAAUCAUUCUUUUGAUUUUGUGAUUCUUCUUUGAUAAUAUGAUGUGUAAUUUGCUUGAUUAA